UCCGCCCCGCCCCGUCCUCUGACUCCACUCAUCCGGGUCCUGCCGGAGCCCAUACCAGGCGCUCCAAACCGGAACUCGUCCUCCAGACUGGAAAACAAACGGCUGUCAGUGAAGUGGUGGAGUUUAAAACAUGGAAAAGAAGAACCUACUCGGGUGAAACCAUCGUAACCAGUGACCGCUCGGAGUGUUUCUGCGGGACGCGGUGCGUGGUGCCGUCACAACCCGUCCGGUCCCGGGUCGUGAUGGCGGGGCUGAUCCGGAGAUGUCUGGGCCACCUGAGGCGGUGGCUGAAGGUGGACCUGCUCCGGGAGGCGGGCCGCCAGUACCCGCUGUCCUGCUGCGUACUGUCCUCCCUGCUGUUGCUCACCGUGCUGCUCAACAGGUACAUCCACAUUCUGUUGGUGUUCUGGUCCUUCCUGGCGGGCGUCACCACCUUCUACUGCUCCCUCGGGCCCGGCUCCCUGCUGCCCAACGUCCUCUUCACCGAUAGGCCCCGCAGCAAGCGGCCGCUGCAGCAGGAGCUGUUCCCGCUCGGCAGCAGUUGCGCCGUCUGCGGCAAGGUGCGCUGUAAACGACACCGGCCCACGCUGCUCUUGGAGAACUAUCAGCCCUGGUUGGACCUGAAGGUCCACUCCAAGGUGGACGCCUCCAUCGCCGAGGUGUUUGAGCUGGUGCUGGAAAACUUUGUGUACCCGUGGUACAGGGACAUCACAGACGAUGAGGCCUGUGUGGACGAGCUCAGGGUGACCUUCCGCUUCUUCGCGUCCGUGGUGGUGCGGCGAGCGCAGAAGGUGGACGUCCCGUCCGUGUUUGCGGACAAGGUGAUGACGGCGGUGCUGAAGCACAUCGAGGUGAUGAGCCGGGUGCAGCAGAGAGGCCCCGGGGGGGAGGGCCUCCAGCAGGCCGCCCUGGAGGCCUACGGGGCUGACCUCCACCUGGCGCUGCGGAGCCGUCGGGAUGAGCUGCUGUACCUCCGCAGUCUGGCCCAGCUGCUGUUCAGCCACGUGCUGCCGCCCAAGGCCACCGGCUGCAGGUCUCUGGCUCUGCUGCUCCGGGAGGUGGUCUCGGGCUCGGUCAUGCUGCCCACCAUGGACUUCCUGGCCGACCCGGACACGCUGAACCUCAUGGUGCUGCUGCUGGUGGACGACGGCCCGCUGGAGGAGCCCAGCGAGCCCCCCUCCGCCCUGGUCCCCUUCCUGCAGCGCUACGCAGAGGUCCGCAACAAGAAGGCCUCGGUCCUGAAGCUGGAGCUCAAGGAGAUCCGGGAGCAGCAGGACCUUCUGUUCCGCUUCAUGAACUUCCUGAAGCAGGAGGGUGCCGUGCAUGUGCUGCAGUUCUGCCUCAGCGUGGAGGAGUUCAACGACCGCAUCCUGAGGCCGGAGCUGAGUGAGGAGCAGCUGCAGGCGCUACACGGGGAGGUGCAGCACCUGCACCAGGCCUACUGCCUGGACCACAGCCCCGACAAGAUCCGCCUCCAGCCCGCCAUUGUGGAGGAGAUCCAAAACAUCGCGGAGGGCCCGUACCCGGGCGUGGUGCGGCUGCAGACGCUGCCCUGCCUGUUCCAGGCCUACGAGCACGUCCUGUCUCUGCUGGAGGACGUCUUCACGCCCCUGUUCUGCCACAGCGACGAGUACUUCAGGUACCUGCUGAAGGGGGCGGAGUCUCCCACCAGGAACUCUAAACUCACCAGGAAUAGCUUGAGUUUGGACGAGCUGAGGAACGCGUCGAAGCGCGGCGAGGCGUUUGGGAUCACCCGCCUCGGCAGUAAGAUCCGGGGGGUCUUCAAGAACACGACCAUGGAGGGCUCCAUGCUGCCCGAGGGGGCCGUCACCGACCCCGACGAGGCCGUGGAGGAGGCCACGGUGGUGAUGGAGGACGACGGGCCGGCGGAGGUGGCGAGCUCGGUGGGCUCCUUGAGGAACCUUUCGGCGUGGGGCAUCAGCAUCCCCUACGUGGAUCUCCAUGACGACGAGGCCAAGAGGGAGCGGGUCCCCGUGUUCUGCAUCGACGUGGAGCGCCACGACCGCCAGGAGGUUGGACAUGAGCCAGAGAAGUGGUCCGUGCUGAGAAGAUACCUGGAGUUCUAUGUUCUAGAGUCCAAACUCACCGAGUUCCACGGCUCUUUUGCUGACACUCAGCUUCCCUCCAAGCGUAUCAUCGGACCCAAGAACUACGAGUUCCUGGUGUCCAAGAAGGACGAGUUUGAGGAGUAUCUGCAGAGGCUGGUGCAGCACCCGGAGCUCUGCAACAGCCAGCUCCUGGCCGACUUCCUGUCUCCCUACAGCAUGGAGUCGCAGUUCCUGGAGCGCAUGCUGCCAGACGUCAACCUGGGGAAGAUCUUCAAGUCAGUCCCCGGGAAGCUCAUCAAAGAGCGAGGUCAGAACCUGGAUCCCUUCCUGCAGUCAUUCUUCAACUCGUGCGAGUCGCCCAAACCCAAACCCAGCCGCCCGGAGCUUACCAUCAUCAGCCCCACAGCGGACGACAAAAAGUCUGGUGGGGUCUCUGGUCAGUCGGCUCUCCUGUCUCCUCAGCUCCUCAGCCCGCUGUUCCAGAACAACGCCAACCUGGCGGACGGCGCGGACCGACGGCAGAACCAGAACCUCUUCAUGGAGAUGGUGUCUGUCAGCGGGCUGUACGACCACAUGAUGCACCUCGGGCGACAGGUGUUCCGGAUGCCCGACUGGCUGCACCACAUGUUGAGCGCGGGCCGGAUCCUCUUCAAGAAGUCCUUCGAGGCGUACAUGGACCAGUACCUGCAGGGCAGGGUGGACACGCUGCUGCAGGAGCACCGCCUGGUGUCGCUCAUCACCCAGCUCCGAGACGCGGUGUUCUGUGAAGGCAGUGAGGAGAGGAGUCCGGAGGAGCGACAGAAACGCGCCAAGCAGACGUUUGAGGAGAUGAUGAAGUAUUUACCAGGACUGUUCCGGGAAACGAUCUUCAUCAUCUACCAAGAGGCCGUUUUUAAUGAGACGUAUUUUCAAGCACCAGCAAUGCUAAGUAUUGAUAUAAAGAGGUGAUCUGGGUCCUGGAUGACCCACCUUUGGCCCAGGACGGACAAAAUAUUCGUACAUUCAUGGUCAUUAAAAUGACAUUAUUCCUGUUUCUGUAUAUUGCUUCCUAUAUCGAACGCUUUCCAUACAUUGAUCAUCAUUGUAGUUUUUCCCCUCCUCUGUCAUUUUUGCGAUGCAUUCUCCUGUUGACUAAUGUGUGUUUGUCUUUGUGGGUAUGUGUGUGUGUGUGUGUGUGUGUUUGUGGGUAUGCGUGUGUGUGUGUGUGUGUG